AAAAGAUGGAUAGUUUUCAACAGGUUUUAGAUGUGAUCACAGAUGUCGUUCAACAGAACAACAGUGGUAACAAUCAAAACAUAACUGUAUCUGUUGACAAGGAAUUAGGUGCAUUAUUUAUAUCACUAUCCGGUCUUGGAUUUUUUGUUGUUUCUGGUAUAUUAAUGUGGUAUUCACGUGGAGAUGAUAAUAUUCGGGGAGGAAAAUGUAAUCAAGGAAUCAUUGUAUUUGCACUUUUAGUCACCAUUCUUGCAGAUUUAUCAUAUCAAUCUUCCUUCAAAAAAAUGUACUUAAUUUAUGAAAUGUCGAAAGUGAUUCUUUUCGGUACAGUAGUGACACUUUGUGGAGCAAUGGUGUUUUUUGAAAUUCGCCAGAACAAUCAAAUUAAAUCAAUUGGGCAUCAUCAUGGUAAAAUAUCGGUUUUCAUAUGCGCCAUUACAAUAAUAUUGCUCAUAUUUGAAUUGUUUAUGUUCAUUGGAUCAUUCAGAGAAAAAAAGCCAGAUUACAUCUCAGCCUGUCUUAUUCUUUCUGGUAUGUUGCAGAAAUCGUUUCAAGCAGUUCUCUACUAUUUCUUUUUGAGAUUAAAACUUCCCGCAAAGGGGAAACUAAUUGGUGCAUCUUGGUAUUUUAAAAUAAUUUCCUUGUUUAAUUUUUCCAUGUGGCUGGAAUCAAUUAAAAUUGCCGACAUGCAGGGGAAUGAGUUUAUUGCUUCAAUAUUUCAAGGAGGUGCUACUCUGUUUAGUUAUGGUUACGCAGCUUUCUUGAUCGACUACAGAUUAUUAUGUUGCAUUAUUUUUAUGGAAAACGCACUUAAAAUUGACAAAGUUAUUCUAAACGGCGAAGAAAUGGAAACGCAAAGAUCUUCAUCCGACAUUCUAGUUCUUGAAAGUGUUGAAAUAGCCGAACAGUUUCGAGUACAUGCUGACGGUAUUACUGGAUUAGGAUAUUCUUGCGGAAUUACUUUAUGCUUACUACAGCUAUUGAAUAUAUUAGUAAUCACAGAAAUAUUCGGUCCGUGGGCUAAUAUAUUUAGCAUUGUAGGCGACGUUGUUGUUGUUACAGCUGGUGCUGCAUUUUUACAUCUGAAGAGAAAAGCAUCAGACGACCACAUUGAAAAAACAGAUCGCAACCAUUUGGCUAGUGCAAGAAAUACUGGUGAAGACAAAGAAAAGGAGAUAAUAGAAGUCGAAGAAGAGCAUGUGCAAGGUGUUGACAUACUAAUGGUCGGAAUGGGUCUCUUCGCUUUGGCAUUUUGGUGUCUUAAGUGUGGAAUGGUUUCGGUUUGGACAGUCAGAUGUGCACAAAUUAAGAAUUGGAAUGACGUGCAUUAUUUUACUUGGAAUGCAGUCAAGUAUGGCUCGAGAAUAAUAUCACUUAUAUUUCAGAUAUAUCUUUUUUUCAAGGCUGAUGUCAAAUCUUCCUGUUCUGUGUCGAUGAAACGACGCAAGAAAAGCUAUUUCCUCGUUCCUUUACUUAUGCUAUCAUUCCUUGCUGUGUUUUUAGCAUCUAUUAUUAGUUUUUGCAAUGGAAAAAUUGAGGAAAAGGCUAGAAGUGCUAACUUACCAAUUUUAUUUCAAAUUGUGUACACAACCGGUCCUCCUCUUCAUUUGGGCUUUUGUCUGCAUUUGUUUUUCCAUUUCCUGAUUAUCAAUGGAAAAUUGAAAUCGCCAGUUGUAGGAAGAAGGCCAUCAAGGCGUCACUAUAAACCAAUCCGGCGUAAUUCAAACAUUUUCUGACCGAGAGGCUGGUCUUCACCCUCCAUAACUUUUAAUAGGCUUUUCUACAUGCAAUUAAACAUGGCACAAUUACAUUACAUCAUGAAAGAAACAAGAUGGCAUAAAUUUUAGUUUUGCUUAUGUAGCCACUCAUUCUAUGAAAACAUCAAAAGCUUAAAAUUUGUCCGAAAUACAUUCUGUUUAAAGUUUCCAAAUAAAAGACCAUUUUUGUUUUAAGUUUUAGGGUAAAGUGAGUUUUAAGUUCUCCCAAAGAUAAUGCUAAAGAAAUUUAUAUUUUGUUUAUAAUAAUGAUUGCAUAUAAAAUAACAGGGUAGUUUCAAGUAACGGCCAAAAUCUAGUGCUUUAAAAGGUUUGGAACCUACAACUAUCCUUGUGUUGGGUUGUAAGUCAUAAAACUUUGUACGAAUGAUGUCUGCAAAAUUACAAUGAAAAAAGAUACCCCAAGUGAUGACCGUCAGUAAUAAUGUCAUCAUUUUUGUCAAAAUUAUUUACAUUACGUUUAGGUUGAUACUUUGAGUGGCAUUUCAACGAGUUAUUUAUUAUGGUUUAACUAAUUAAGGUUUCAAUUGGACGAAAAGUCCGUUUGUUUUGUGCAUUUUUGGUUGUAAGGAUACUUUUUAAACUUUUUUGGAUCAAUAUAGAUAUUUUGCAUGGUGUCAUACACCAUAUAUUUUUAUAUAUAUUUAUUUUUAAUAUGUAUUUAAUGAUGUAUCGUUUUUGAGUGAAUUCGUUUCUUUCAUUGUAAUCAGAUAUUAAUGUUAAUUGUUCUAUUCUUGUUAGAUUUUGUAUCCGUAGCAUUGUUUAUAAAUAAGAAAAUAGUAAAUUUUUUUUUUAGAAAAUUUUUAUAUCGGCUCGAAAUGGCUGAAAAUUAUAAAAACAAAAUAAAAAUAAAAAUAAUAAAAAUAUUUCAGAAAUUAAUAAUAAUAACUACGAUCUAGAGCCGAAGGAGAGUUUAUUAAUCCAUAGGGAUAAACCAGUUUUGAAUAGAAAUACAGCAUUUAUUCCAUCAUUCCUAUUUGUUGAUUAAUAUAUCGUACGAUAAUUGUAUCGUACGAUGGUAAUGUAUUUAAAAUGAACUUAUACGAAACAGUGUUUGUAACAUGUCUUGAUAUAAUGGCCGUAUACGGCCGAAACGUCGUGAAAUAUAUUUAAUUGAUGAAA